GCUCAACACGAACAAGUCGUCCAGAAGUUGAAAUGUGAACUGAUAGACUGUAAGAAGCGAAUCAACCAGCUGGAAGAACACCCAGAGGCCCCUGAAGAGGAGUGGGAGGAGGGGUCGGUGGAAGAACCCUUUGAGUCCUUCCCCUUCUCUCUCCUCACUAACCAGGCAGAUAUAGGGGUCCAGGUGAAUACAUUAGAAGAGGACGAUUUUGAAAAGCUGGUGGAGCUUAAUAAGAAGAUUGUAGUAAGCCUCCUUUUGCUAGAAUCAGAACGUGACGCGCUACGCCUGGAUUUACAGAAGAGUAAUGGCGAGCUUUUUGAAAUGUCACUCCAGGCUCAAGAUGCUGCAAUAGAACGAGAGCUGCUACAGGCCGAAUACCGUGAAAUCGUCAGACAGAAUACGAAGGAGACAGAAGAAAAGGCCAGAAUGACCACGCCGGUUCAGAUGGAGACGCAGGCGUCCAACACUGAAGCGGUCACAUUGAGUGAAAAGGCAACGCAAGCGUCAAUCCAGGUCGAAACAACGGAGGAACGAGGAUUAAAGAAGGAGCUGACGUUGACUCGACACAUGGUGGAAGACUUGCAGAAGCGGCUGGGAGACCGAGAUCGCCUGAUCGAAAUUUUGCGCAAAGAACGAAAUAGACUGGACCAGGGUGACUCGCUGAAGCAAAUCAAGGAGCUUAAAGCGAAGGUAGUUAAUGUGCCUUCCUUUUUUGUUUGA